AUGAACCUUUUUUUCUUGUUCCUUUCUGCUUGUACUCGGACCACAGCUCGUUGGCAGGCUCUUUCCUCACAGAGCCCGCACCAGGAUGGGUGCUCUCCCGGCGCAGCGGCUGUUAUGGAUGUGUGUUUUGAUCUUUACUGGAAUAACACAAGUUUGCGCUUCAAAUGUCUGCACCUCCAGGGGAGCCAGCACAUGCAAGCAAUGUCUAGCUGUGCACCCCAGCUGUGCGUGGUGCUUCCAGGAGGACUUUGGACAGGGAGUUGCCAGUUCUUCCCGCUGUGACCUGAAGAGUAACCUGGUGGCAGCAGGCUGUGCUUCGUCAGCUCUGGAGUCUCCAACCAGCAAACUACAGGUGAUCGAGGACCGGCCCCUCAGCAACAAGGCAGCAGGGGCCACACAAGACGUCACUCAGAUCAAGCCCCAGAAACUCCAGAUCACCCUCAGGCCAGAUGAUGCUAAGCGCUUCACAGUGAAAGUGCGUCAGGUAGAGGACUACCCUGUGGAUCUCUACUACCUCAUGGACCUCUCCUACUCCAUGAACGACGACCUCUACCGCCUGAGGACGCUGGGCAAAGGCCUGGCCGAGGCCAUGAACCGCACCACCAGCAACCUCCGCAUGGGCUUUGGGGCUUUUGUGGACAAACCGCUCUCACCUUAUAUGUACAUCUCUCCCAAAGAGGCUGUGAAGAACCCCUGCUACAGCAUUAACACCACCUGUUUGCCCCAGUUUGGCUACAAACACGUUUUGUCUCUGACGGAGGAGGUGGGCCGCUUCACCGAGGAAGUGAAGAAGCAGAUGGUGUCCAGGAACCGAGAUGCCCCGGAGGGAGGCUUUGAUGCCAUCAUCCAGGCUGCUGUGUGCAAGGAGCAGAUCGGCUGGCGUCCUGGUGCUUCCCAUCUCCUGAUCUUCACCUCGGAUGCCAAGACUCACGUGGCUCUGGAUGGUCGUCUGGCAGGAAUCGUACAACCCAAUGAUGGGCAGUGCCACCUCAGCUCUGACAAUAUUUACAGCAUGUCUACCACCAUGGAUUACCCAUCUCUCGCUCUGAUCACAGAGAAGAUGUCGGAGAACAAUAUCAAUCUCAUCUUUGCUGUCACCAAUCCUGUGGUUCCUCUGUACCAGAACUACAGCGAGCUGAUUCCUGGCACCACAGUAGGAACACUGUCCAACGACUCGGGAAACGUUAUUCAGCUCAUACAGAAGGCCUAUGCUAAAAUCCGUUCCAAGGUGGAGCUGGAGCUCCAAGGCGUCCCAGAGGAGCUGUCCCUGUCCUUUAAUGCCACCUGUCUGAAUGGAGAGGUCAUCCCUGGCCUCAAGUCCUGCUCUGGGCUCAAAAUAGGAGAUACGGUUUCUUUCAGUGUGGAGGCCAGAGCUCGCGGUUGCCCCAAACAGAAGAAGAAAACCUUCAUCAUUAAGCCUGUGGGCUUCAAGGACUCCCUCUCUGUCACCGUCACCUUCGAGUGCGACUGCAAGUGCCAGGCCAAGGCCCAGCUCGACAGCCCCAAAUGUAACCACGGCAACGGCACCUACGAGUGUGGCAUCUGCUUGUGCCACCCAGGUCGCUUGGGGCCACACUGUGAGUGUGCGGAGGGCGACUAUGAUCCCACAGAGCAAGACCGCUGCAGUGGACCCGCAGGCUCCGGAGGGCCCCACUCUGCCGUUUGCAGCGGCCGUGGAGACUGUGUGUGCGGCCAGUGUGUGUGCCACAGCAGUGACUUUGGGAAAGUGUGGGGCAAGCUGUGUGAGUGUGAUGACUUCAACUGCCUGCGCUACAAGGGCGAACUCUGCUCAGGCCAUGGCAUCUGUAACUGUGGCUUCUGCCAGUGUGCACCGGAUUGGCAGGGUGAGAACUGUAACUGCUCUAGACGUACUGACACCUGUAUGUCCAACCUGGGCCUGCUGUGCAGCGGGAGGGGCCAGUGUGUGUGUGGGGCCUGUGAGUGCACCCAGCCUGGUGCAUACGGGGCCACAUGUGACAAGUGUCCCACCUGCCCUGAUGCCUGUACCAUGAAAAAGGAUUGUGUGGAGUGUAAGCACUUCAAGAGGGGCAAACUGUUUGAGGACAAAACCUGCUCUCGAAUCUGCAAGGAUGAGAUUGUUCUUGUGGAUGAAAUAGUGCUCCAUGAUACAAAUGCUGUGAACUGCACAUACAAAGAUGAGAAUGAUUGCGUGGAGCGUUUCCAGUACUAUGAAGACGCCAGCGGCAAGUCCAUCUUGUUUGUCGUCAAAGAACCAGACUGCCCCACGGGUCCAGACAUUUUGGUGGUGCUUCUGUCAGUGGCAGGAGCCAUUUUGUUCCUCGGCCUAGCAGCUCUGCUUAUCUGGAAACUGCUGGUCACCAUCCAUGACAGACGGGAGUUUGCCAAAUUUGAGGAAGAACGUGCUCGUGCCAAGUGGGACACGGGACACAACCCUCUCUACAAAGGAGCCACCUCUACCUUCACAAACAUCACUUACAGGGGAAAAGACUGAUGCUACUGAACAAAGAUGAAGAAGAAAGGAUGAAAUAAUGGACUUUGUGGGAAGGCACCAAAUCAUGUGCAGGCCUCUACUGUCACAAGACAAUAAUUAAUAAUUAUUUGUGUUUGUAAAUAUGUAGAAAUAUUCUGAGAACACGUUUUAUCAGGGAUUUGUCGUAAACAUCCACUUAUACUACACUGAUAAGUAAGGUAUUGUUUGGUGUGAUUGACUGAGAACUGUUGCUCAGGCCAGAAUAAAGGUUCAGUUCACCCAAACUUUCACCUUCCCAUUGUAUCCAGCCAUGUAUCGUUUUACUUUAUUUGCCAAUGUAUUGACCACCACUGAAAUCCUGACAGAUAUUUUUUUUUUCUUGUGCAUGUAAUAUGUGGACCUUAGUCUGUAUAUCUUCCUCUUCUCUCACAGCCCCAAUACAGCGGAGGUAAGUGGAAAUUCAUUAGCUCAGAGCAUACAAAAAUUACAGCAACAUCUCUUUUUAGUCCUAGUUAGUCUGCAUAACCCACAGACCUUGCCAGUGGAUUGACGGUUUUCUUUUUUUUUUAACCUUUGGUGGAAAAUAGUAUCAAAAGAAAACUAUUGGCAGCAAGAUUUGUGGAUUAACAAAUCUUUCCUUGGCAAAUAAAACCAAAACUAUCCACAUGACUGGAUACCACUGAGGCUAAGAGGGAAACUAUAUUUUAAAUGUCGGUGAACUGAUGUUUGAGGUCAGUGGAAGAAUUGAAGGACAGAUAAUGUUGUAAUGACAAAACAAACUUCAUUUCCUGAUCACAAUGUUGGAAUUUCCUGCUAGUGGUACACAGUGGGACAAUGGCAAGAUAAACUGUCUUUAAUUUGAGUGACGUUUUGGAGAUAUGAUGUGGUUUGGAGUAAACAGUUAAUUUACAGAAAACUGGUGCUGUUU